AUGUUUAUGAAUAUGAAUCUUGGUGCAGAGGGUCACGAGAAUGAUGAUUAUAUUAAUAGAGAUCCUGACAUUAGAGACCCUGACGAAGAAGAAGAAUAG